UCACCAACCCUGUUGGCCUGCCUGCUUGCUCGCCCCCGCCCCGCUCUACUCUAUGUCUCUAUCCCUCGCAACGCCAACCCCGAUGCUCGCCUCCACCGCCGCCUCCCUCCGGCCGCCCCUCCGCCGCUUACGCGGCGGCGGUGCGUACCCCUCGGGCGCCUCCCGUGGAGGCAUCUGCGGGGCUAACCCUCUCUUCCCCAGGCCCAGGCGGCGGGCGCUGGCAUGCCGCGCGGACCUGCAGCAGGACGCGCCGUUCGCGGCCGCCAUCGGCGCCUGCGUGCUCGCCUCGCUCGUGCUGCCCCCUCCCACGCCCCGCGGGGAGGCGCGCGAAGAGGUGGAGGAGGACGGGGAUUUCGGCGCCACGGACACGAGGAUGGGCGUGAUGGGGAUCAUCUCCUUCCUGCCUUACUUCAACUGGCUGAGUUGGAUCUUUGCGUGGCUGGACAGCGGGAGGCGGAGGUAUCUCGUCUAUGCUGCCGUCUACUUGGCUCCUUACCUCAGAGCUAACUUAUCAAUGUCACCUGAUGAGAGCUGGUUACCUAUUGCUAGCAUCUUUAUCUGCAUUUUACAUAUUCAGUUAGAAGCAGGCAUCAGGAGUGGUGACAUUGAAAGUUUCAACUUAAUCGAGAGAGCUUGGAAGCUGGUAUUUCCUAGUUCUGUUAAAGAGAAGGAUGGUCCCCAUGGAAACAGGAGAGACUCAAUUGGAAUGGGAGAUGGACACAAUAGGAGAAUACCAUCAGCGCAUGAAUCUAGAGAAAGGCUUCGCAAUUCAGAUAUCUUCAAGAGGAAGCUUGACGAGCCCAAUGAGGAGAAGCAAAAGAAGUCAGAUUGGAACUGAGAAUAACAGUGAUCCUGUCCUCCUAUACUUUCCUGAAUCGCCUGAAAAUCGUUUGGGGAGAUGCAUGUAUUUGUAGCGAGCUGAACCUACAGCCAAACCUGAAGUGGAGUUGUAGCAGCAUGUGGUUUCAAAUGGUCCGACGUCGUCUUUCUUUCUUGUUUUGAAAUUAGAUCUUAAUUAGUAUAGCUAUAGCUUCCAACUUCCAUUCCAUGGUAGUGUAGAAACAAAUUGCCAAUCUGGUUUAUAUAGGUAGGACACAUGGUGGUUUUGAAAGUUCCUGAUAUAUCUUUCGUCCACACAUCUGAAUGAAAGUUGCAUGUACUUUGCAGUGUUUCCGUUUGAUUAGUUCCAAGCUGCUGGAAGUGGUGAAUUGUAAUCGGAACAAAAGCUGUACCUGAGAAUGUAGCGAGCCCUACAGUUGAUAUA